ACGAGUCUCUGUUUUGUUUACAUGCCGAAAAAUUUUAUGAUCUAAUUGUUAUGGUCUAAAAUGAAAUCGCUAAAAGUACAUCGUGUAAAUUUUUUUGAACCUGAACCACAAGCUAUCCGAUGUUUGUCACAUGAUCGAACUACUUCACAUCUUGCUGUUUCGAGAGCUGACUCAUCUAUUGAAAUUUGGGAUGUCAAAAGUAAUCCUUAUCUCGAAAAGGUGAUUCCAGGAACACCUGCAACAUCUGUUGAAACUCUUGCAUGGUGUAAUGGCCGUUUAUUCUCAGCAGGACUGUAUGGAUAUAUUACAGAAUACGAUUUGGAAUCUUUAGUUCCAAAAUAUCAACUAAGUGUUACCUCUACAUGUCCUAUAUGGUGUAUGAAAUUUGAUUAUGAAGGCAAAUGUCUUGCAGUUGGAAAUGAAGAUGGUCAUGUUGUUUUGCAUCAGUUGUCAUUUGAAGGCUUAGACUUUGAUAAAAAAUGUGAUAAACAAGAAGGUUGUAUUCUCUGUUUGGAUUGGCAUAAAGAUGGACAGUUUAUAGUCACAGGCUCUAUUGAUGCUAUCAGAGUAUGGAAUGUCAAUAAUGGACAUGUUGUUAAUCGUAUUAUAUUAGCAAGAGCUAGUAAAAGUGUUCCCACUGUUGUUUGGUGUGUAGCUGUCACCAGUGAUAUGACUAUAAUAAGUGGAGACUCAUGUGGGAAAACAUCUUUCUGGGAUGGAAACACUGGAACUUUACUAUCAGCUAGUGGUACACAAAAAGAUGAUGUUUUGACCUUAGUUGUAAACAAAGAUGAAGAUGUCAUCUACACUAGUGGAGUAGAUUCUACAAUUACUAUGUAUUUGAAGUCAUCUAAUGGAAUGUGGUUAAAGUCUAUUCAACGUGUUGUUCAUACUCAUGAUGUGAGGGCACUUCAGUUUGUAGGAGAUUAUUUAGUUUCUGGAGGUGAUGACUGCAAUCUCAUCUUCACCAAGUAUCCUCCAAAAACUACCAUAAAAUUUUUCCCUUUUUGUCAGAAAUCCUACUGUAAAGUAGCUUCCAAUCCAUCUUGUAUUUUAUUGACAUACCCUAAUUUUGUUGAAGUCUGGAGUAUUGGGACAUUCUCAGGUAAUGCUAACAAGCCUACAAACUUGUUACGUUUAAAGCCCAAACAAAACGAAAGAAUUAUAUGUAGUUCACUUUCUUCUAAUGGAAAGUGGUUAGCAUAUGCUAGUCAACUCCAAAGCAGAUUAUUUUGCUUAAAACUGGAAACAAAUUCAAAAGACUUACCAUCAUUUUAUAAGGUUUCUCUACCAGAUAAAAUUCCUUCUUCUACAAUACUUUUAUUUACAUCUGAACCAACAAAACUUAUUUUGUAUAGUAGAAAUAAUAUCUUCAUUGUCAAAUGUGACAGCAUGCAGCCAACCAUAGAAAAUACAAUUGAGACAGAUGCUGAAGACCAAGUUCAAUUAAUGGAACUGAGCCAUGACGAUGAACAUUUAGCCUGUAGUUACCAUAGUGGGAAAGUUACUAUUUAUAAUUUGAAAAGUUUGAAGGUUCAGUUUAAGUUACCUGUAUAUAAAUUUCAAGCUACUGCCUUGAAAUUUGAUCCUUCUUCUGAAAAUCUAUUAAUUGCUUACAGCGAUAGAAAAAUUGUAGAAUAUUCAUUAGAGAAAUCAGGGUAUUCGAAUUGGUCGAAACAGCAAGUGCUUCUUCAAUUUCAAUCUGUUACACCUCAUCCAAUCACUUCCAUUUGCUUCUGUUCUGAUAAGAUAUUUCUUCAAGAUGAGAAUACUCUCUAUGUUUUUGAUCGAAAAGAUGAGAUUCAGCCUGGGAAAAAGAAGAUCAAACAAUCUGAAGAUUCUAGUAUCUCUAUAACAGAAAGUGAUUAUAAAGCAAUUACAAAAUAUGAGCAUAUAUCGAGUAUUGAUUCUUUUAUGGAAGACCUUGUUGUUGUACAAAUAUCUUCAAGCCGCAUUCUGGAUAGUCUACCACCACCUGUUUGGAAGAAAAAAUAUGGAACGUGAUUUUUGUACAAUUUGUAUAUAUUUU